GGGGCAAAGUGACAGCAUGAGUGCAUGUUUUGUGUGUGUGAGAGCGAUAAGAGGGGGGGAAGAGUCAGGGUUAUCUGUGAGUGCAUGUUGCCACUCUGUGUCUACAUGUGGGGUUUGACAACAUAUGUGGCCCAGCGCAUCGAGAUGUACAUGUAAGGAAAAAUCAGUUUUCACUGAGUGGACAUGCGGCUGCCUGCACGUUGAUUGGACUCCAUUCAUUUUGUUGCAUUUUUUUUUCCCUCGGAGUAUUUUAAGCUACUUCUUUUUUUCUCUUUUUUAAAUUAGAGAGUUAAAAAAAACACAAAAUCAUUUUGUGUUUUGUUUGGAGAUAAGUUUUCUACUGUUAGGUUUUCAUCAAAAGCUGACGUACUCCCACUCCUCAGCACUGCGUAGGGCUGAGUGGGCGAGGGGCCUACCUGGAUUACUGGGAGCUUAGAUGUUUGUGGGGCACACAAACAGGAGAAAAGAGAGACUGAAAGAGAAGAUAAAGUGACAAAGACAGCUUGAAGAUGUACCUGUACAAAGCAACAUGCCCGGAGAUCCCCAACCCGAAGCAGAAGAAUUCCAGGAAUCCUGGUGGAGUCGGAGUCCCGACCCAGGGCCUGGGUCAGGGGAGACUGAUCAAGCAGGUGUCCAUGGGGCCGGGGUCACAGUCUUAUGCCCCUGUGAUGCUGUGGGCCACAAACAAAGCCAACAAUGCAGGGCAGCUCAAACAGCUGGAGGAGUUCCUGAACUUCCAUUCGCUGUCUUUGCACGACACUGUGAGGAGUCAGACUGGCAUGGUCUACAGGAACCUUGGGAAGUCUGGGCUCAGAGUGUCAUGCUUGGGAUUAGGUACAUGGGUGACAUUUGGAGGACAGAUAACAGACGAGGUUGCAGAGCAGCUAAUGACCAUCGCCUAUGAGAGCGGAGUCAACUUGUUUGACACAGCCGAGGUUUACGCAGGCGGCAGGGCCGAAAUCAUUCUAGGAAACAUCAUCAAGAAGAAAUGCUGGAGGCGGUCAAGCUUGGUGAUCACAACUAAGCUUUACUGGGGAGGAAAAGCUGAGACAGAAAGAGGAUUGUCAAGGAAGCACAUUAUUGAAGGUCUGAAAGGUUCCUUACAAAGGAUGCAGAUGGAGUACGUAGACGUAGUUUUUGCCAACCGCCCAGACAGCAAUACUCCUAUGGAGGAAAUUGUUCGAGCUAUGACCUACGUGAUAAACCAAGGCAUGGCCAUGUAUUGGGGGACGUCUCGGUGGACAGCUAUGGAGAUCAUGGAGGCGUAUUCGGUGGCACGGCAGUUUAAUUUGAUCCCUCCGGUGUGCGAACAGGCAGAAUAUCACCUCUUUCAGAGAGAGAAAGUGGAGGUGCAACUCCCUGAACUUUAUCAUAAAAUAGGAGUUGGCGCAAUGACUUGGUCACCACUAGCGUGUGGCAUCAUUACGGGAAAAUAUGAAAACGGCAUCCCAGAAUCGUCAAGGGCCUCAAUGAAGUCGUAUCAGUGGCUGAAGGAGAAAAUAGUAAGCGAGGAUGGAAGAAAGCAGCAAGCUAAGCUGAAGGAGCUAAACCACAUUGCAGAGAAGCUGGGCUGCACGUUGCCUCAGCUGGCUGUGGCAUGGUGUUUAAGAAACGAAGGAGUGAGCUCAGUCCUUCUGGGAACAUCCAACCCUGAGCAGCUUACAGAGAACCUCGGGGCCAUCCAGGUCCUCCCUAAGAUGACCUCUCACAUUGUGUCGGACAUUGACCACAUCCUUGGCAACAGACCAUACACUAAGAAGGACUAUCGCUCUUAGAGACCGGGCUGAUGGACCGACAAGAGGUCUACUGACGACUACCUAACUUCACCUACACCUUGAACCCUCCUUGGUUCAGAGUUCAGAUCCACAGCUCUCUCCUUGGAUGUGCCUAACAAGCCACAGACCACUCUAGCCGGAAACGGACAACCUUGCUACAUCCAACCAUUGCAUUCUGUAACUAUCUUCAGCCGAGACUUAUGGUUCGAUCAGCUCUACCGUGUUCAUCUCAGGUGCAGUCCAGCUUAGCCAAGAAAAGCUCAGACUUUCCAUGGCCUCGACCGCAGCUUAGUCGAUCAAAACUUUCCACCACCAAUCAAAGGCAUUUGCUACUCAGCUAGCGUGCAAAGAUACAGAAAUAGAACUAUGCAGAGACCAGAGUAGCUUAGAUCCAACAGCAUGCUUAAAUUAUUGAAACACUAGACCCACUGCUAGAAAAGGUUAAAGUUCUGAUACUCAUUUAUGUCGAGAUUUUAAUAUGUUUACUACUACAUCUCAUUUUUAGAGAUAUUAGACUCCUCAUUAACUCCAGAUGGUUCAUGAAGACAAAGAGACAUUGCAGAACUAUUUAAAAUUAAAGUGCCUUUUUUAAGUGCACCUUAAUAAUUAAUCAGAAAACAUAUAACGCUUGUAUUAACAGUUCAUUUAAGCACAAAAUUCAUAUUGCAAACAUGUUUUGUUUCAUAGAAAAGUACUCCAGUAGAGGCACCUUAUGUAUAGAAAUUAGACAAACCUCAAAUGAGUAGAGACCUCAGAUGCAUGCUGAAACAAAUACCUUAUUCAAACCUUUUAUUAAUAUGCCAAACAGCGUAGCAAAAUAAAUUACCAUAAGCGCUUCAAACUCUCACCUCCUUCGUCAGAGGUGCCUGCUAAAGUCCUGGGAUGAAACAUCUUCCAGUAGUUACCAACAACAAGGUGACUCCCUCACACGUCUUGCAAAAACAAGCUUUAUGAAUAUAAAUAAGACCUCGACACUCAUCGGCUCAACUCGUCUUUAAAAUGCCUUCUAAAUGCAAUCGAUCCCUAUAUUUACAGUAGGCUAGUGAAUAGAUAUUUCUGGCUGCAGAUCCCUGAGUAUAGCAACAACCAGAUGCAUGUUUCUCUGCUACAGUGUGCCUCCUUCUUCUUUUUGAUAAGUUUUUGGUCAAAAAUGCUGCAAGCUUGUCUGCUGUGUGACUCUGGUGAAGCAAGCGGAUUGUGGUACCAGAAAGAAAAAAGAAAAAGAACUGGACUCGAGAAGAAAUGGGCAAACGUGACGCAUGUCGCCCUCGUGUGGAAAUUUUAAGGAACUGCAGACAUCUUCCACAAAACGGAGACGAGUAAAACAUGUGGAUUGCUCAGCUUAAAGUCACAAAAGAAAAAGAGUAUUUACUUGUGAACUGAAGCAGCAUCACUAAUUUCUUCAAAGAGCUUUGACUGUAUUAAUGGAAACAAUUUAAGAUAUUCGAGGGGGAAAACACUGGUUUUAAACCACAAUAUGACGGAAUAAGCUUGUCAUGUGUGGAAAAUAAUUGUUCUAAACUGCUCAUAGGAUCUAAAAGUCUAUUUUGACAUUUGAAAAAAAUAGCUUGUUUGAGGAUGUUAAAUGUAUAUAUAGAGGUUUAAGGCUAAUCUUGUUACAUAAGCAAACUACAAGAAGCCUGUCUUGCAUAUGAGGGCUUUGCUGUACUGUAUGAGAAAUCUAUAAAUGAGAUGUAAAUAGAGAUAUUUUAUUGCUCACUGCACAUCACAGAGAUUUCAUCAUCCUCGCUCAGAGUGAUUCGACAGCCACAAAGUCUUCAUUUUUCUCUCCUCAAGGAAAUCCAAAUGUAGUACGAAUUGUUUCCCAUUUGUGAAGUUAACUAUGAACUGGCCUGAAUUAGCUUUUACUUAGUUAUGUAACAGGUUUAAUGAUAAACACCAAACUCCUGUCGUAAUCAUUCAUAUUCUGACUUUUCAGUAGUUUGUGGCAGUUGCCCUUUAUGUACUCCCUUAGUUCUGUUUCAUCUGGAAAAUAAGCCAUCGUUGAGAUGAGUAGAAAAAGAUGUUGGCCAGGUUUCAGCUGAGUCACGGUCUUGUCCUUGGUGUCCAUGUGUUGACUUGCAGCACAGUCGGCCUUUAAAUCUCAGUAGCGAACUGUUUUUGUGCUUGACAGAUGGUUCCACACUUUGAGGAGAAAUGAAAAGCAGCCUUUGUCUUACAUCUUACUUUGAGACGACUGCCUCAGAAGGAUUACGAACCCUGGACCUCGCAAACAUUUCAAAACAAAACUGAUUUAGGAAGAAAAGAACUGGGAAUUUGCUGAAAAUAUCUAAUCUUUUUUUUUUUAAGACCUGUAAAAUUUUUUGUCAAAUUGUGUGAUUUUAUGUUUUUAAAUGGGAUCCCAGAGAAAGUGAUGACGUGACAGGAAUUAACCUGGUGCUGCCCCUCCCCAACUCGUUGGUGGUCAGCUGUCUAAAUAAAGGAUAUUGUGCUUUUUCCUAAUUUACAAGAAAGAGAAAUGUAGCUGUUUUGAAAUUUGUGAAAAACACAAGCAGUCAUCAUGAAACUUAAGUUCUCCACAUACGAGGUUUGUGUUUAAAUGUUUGGAGGAAAACCUCUUUUCUUUACAUAUUAUUCCAAGGAGACAGACUUUCUGGUAAUCUGGUCUUGAUCAAUAUUUGAUUCAAUUUUCUGAAUGCCUUCGUUUACAAAGUUUUCUUUUGACUUUAUUUGCUUUUCUACACAUUGUCGGCUCAAUACUUGAAACUGAAUUCUAAUCCUUAGAAACUUAAUAUAUAAAAAAGAAAACUCCUACGUUAAAGAUAAGAACUGGUUUUGUCAACACAUUUGAUCAAAUUGGACAAAUUGAAUCUUUAGGUGUUGUUGGUUUCAAUGAAAAAGUAUUCGAACAAAUAAGAAAUGUCACUUUUAGCCCCAACAAGGUAAUUCUUAAAAAGGCAGUAAUACUUCUAAGACAGUAGAUGAUCAGCAAAAGGGUGAUGCCUUUAAUCGGCUUGUAAUUGUUUUUUUCUCUUACUUUUAUCUCCACCUGACCAUUUCCCUGAUUUUUAAUGACGCAAUAAGAUUCAUUUACUCAUAGUCAGACCAAAUGUGUGAAAACAUCCAACAAAAAGACCUUCAGAAAGUUUGAAGAUCUCUUGAUCUACACUACAAAAAGUCUCCAUCACUGGAAUUAAGUGAGAAAUACAUUCUGGCUGGUUUUAAGUGUCUGUAUUUAGAGUUUGUGUUCAAGUCGUCACUUUGCUCAUCAGUCUGUUAGACUGUGGCUGCCUGGUAGAGUGCCUUCACCCCGGUCCUAAGAGAUACAUUCAGGGAUGUCUUUCAUUAUAAAGUUGGUAUGUGGUGCAUAGGUGUUCCUCUGAAACAUGUUGGAAAAUUACUUAGCAUUCAGUAUAAUGGUUAUAUACUUAAAUGAGGUUUGUUAUUUCAACAAAGAAUUGUCAGAACAUUACACUCAGAACCAAAACUGCAGCUCUAAGGCAGAAACUCUCUGAAAGUAAAGAUUAACCGCAAACCUUAGCUUGUAUUUUGUCUGUUAACAUAGCAGAAAAUUGUAUCCUGAAUUUUUAUUCCAUCUUAAAUAGAUUUGCUUCUUGUCCCUGAGCUUCACAUUGUUGGAGUAGAUGUGAAGGUGAGUGCACAGGAAUAUUCACGGUAUAAGGAAAAUACUAGAACGAAUAAAAGGUAAGGUUGAAUAAUAUGAAAUGCAGUGUAAUUAGUGCAAAUUGUUUUAUGACUGGCUUAGGGAAAAAUAUCCUUGAACCACAUAUUUGAACACUUUAGUGUUUCUUAUCCACCAAAAAGUAAAAAACAUCUAGUUCCACAGACUGCAGCAAGCUGGAUUUCAAAGCAGUGAAGCCAUUUAAAAGAGCUGAUAUGGGCAAUAUAACAGGUAGACUCACUGGCUGCUGGAUGCAAGAGCAAAAUAUUUCAUUCAUCAGCAGCUACGCAACAACAAAGAACAAAAAGACAAAAUGGAACAAAGUAAUUGAUCCAGUAAUCUUAAUUCUAAUUUAGUAAAAUAUGAUACAAAAAUCCCCCAACAUUGUUCCAGUCAUUGUUUUCCUCAUGUGCCGUUCUAAGCAAGUGUACUGUCUCUUUGCUGACGAGUGCUCUCUCUGUAAAUACUCUAUAUGAAUGUGUGAUAAUAAAUACAUGUAUUGCCAAUGAAAA